GUUGCCCUUACCUUUACUCGACUCCUGGUUGGCAGCCUUGCACAUUGCACCCUUUCUUCUUGUACAUAUACCUUUGAAGCAAACUUUUUUGCCCUCUUCCCUAACCGUCCCAUCCAUAGUGUCCGCACAAGAUGGAUGAAGAAAUCGACCUCUACGAGAUCCUUGAGAUCGAAAAGGGCGCAACCAAGGUCGAGAUCAAAAAGGCCUAUCACAAAGCUGCACUCGCACAUCAUCCCGAUAAGGUCGCAGAGGAAGAUCGUGCAGAAGCCGAGGUCCGCUUCAAGGCUGCAAAGCAAGCCUACGAGAUUCUCUCCGAUGAUGACAAGCGCCAAAUGUACGACACCCACGGCAUGGCCGCUUUUGACCCGUCCAAAGGAGGAAUGGGCGGCGAAGGCCCAGACAUUGACGACAUUUUUGCGCAAAUGUUUGGUGGUAUGGGCGGCUUCGGAGGCAUGCCUGGAAUGGGCGGCAUGGGCGGUAUGGGAGGAAUGCCUGGCGGGCGCCACGUACCUCGUAAGGGACGGUCGGUAGAGCAAGAGUACGAGGUUUCGCUGGAAGAAUUAUACAAGGGCAAGACGACCAAGUUCACAAACACCAAGAAUAUUGUCUGCAACCUGUGCAAAGGUAGUGGCGGCAAGCAGGGCGCCAAGAGCAAUUCUUGUGCUGUGUGUAAUGGAAGGGGUGCCAAACAGGUACUCCGCCAAGUCGGACCUGGUCUGGUCACUCAGGAGACAGUCCCUUGCGGCAACUGUCAAGGCUCUGGACAAGUUAUCCCCGAGAAGCAGCGCUGCAAGAAGUGCAAGGGCAACAAAGUCGUUGAGACCAAGAAUGUUCUUGAGCUUUACAUUCCUCGUGGUGCCCGAGAAGGCGAGAGGAUCGUGCUAGCAGGAGAGGCGGAUCAACUGCCUGACCAGGAGCCCGGCGACAUCAUCUUCACUCUUACCGAGACACCUCACGAUGUGUUUGAGCGCGCAGGCGCUGAUCUCCGUUGUGAACUCAAGGUCACUUUGGCCGAAGCUCUUACAGGCUUCAACCGAGUUGUUGUCACCCACCUUGACGGAAGGGGGAUCAAGAUGAACGUCCAACAACCCAAUGGAAAUGUUCUCCGACCAGGACAGGUACUCAAGAUUGAGGGCGAGGGUAUGCCAAAUAAGAAGAGUGACACUAGGGGUGACCUGUACCUUGUAGUGGACGUCGAGUUCCCUCAAGAUGGAUGGCUCAAGAGCGAAGCCGCCGUGCAAAAGGUCCGCGAUGCUCUGCCCAAGGAUGAGAAGCCCGAGGAAAAGCAUGAAGACGUCGAGGAAGUCGAAGUUGAGUGGGACGCUGACAUGGAAGAGUUUGGAGCUGGCAGCGGUGACCCACGAGCUGGUGGCGCCGAGUGGGAAGACGAUGAGGAGGGCGAGGGCGGUCCUCAGUGCGCGACUCAGUAGAAACGCUGCGUUGACACGACCUGAUGAAAUGCAUGGUUUUGGCGUUGCCGGGAACGAUGAUGGGCUUUUUUCUUAUUCUUUUCCCCAUCACACACAUAUACACGUCCGGCUUGUUUGUGGACAUUAGACUGGGAUUCAUCGGCUUUUUUCAUGCUCAUGUGCUUGCAACGACUCCCUACAUUGAUGCGAUUCUUAGGAGAGAAAAUACUGAUACCCGGAUAUACAGCUCUUAACGGCAAUGUAUUGAUUGGGAGAAUGCAACAUAAUUCCCUAGGCGGUUUCAUAGGUCAGAUUAGUUGUGAAUGAUAAGGGCGAAUGUGAUUAGGAUAGGGUUUGAAG